GGGUUUUCUAAAGAAAGGCGUACCACAGCUUUCAGAUUCGUUGACGCGCUUGACCAAGUAAAACACACAGAUCCAGUGAUACCGCCCACCACGUACAUCAACGUCACCGUUUUACUCAGCAACACGGACCGAACACAGGGAUAUGUGAGGUUUAUGUGUGUGCAGUGGACUCAGGAUUCCUCAGAAAAAAUCUGCGUGCGCAGUACACCUGUUGGUGAUUGGAGCAAUCUCCGAAGUCAUGUGACAUGCGCAGUGCAUGAAACUCUUCAACCUGGGCAAGGCCUCCAAUGGAUCCGAACUGUUGUACUUCCGGUGAUUGGUACCGUGACGUCAUAUGUAUUGGACUUGGUGGCCCCAGCGGAGAAUCUUGAGACCACUGGGCCUUCCAAACAAUCGAGACUUCUGGUCCAAGUCGCUCAAGUUACGGAACUUACACGCAAAGCGUGGACACUUCCGGUCAUCGUGGUCAACUUCCUGCAUGAGUCAGCCCAGGUCAGCUUCACACCGCCUUCCUACGCUUUUGUCCACCCUAUCGUCUACAGCGCUAGGUUGGGUGACUGCACGAUCAAAGGGAGAUCACUCUCACAACAUCAACAAGGGGAGUCAAGUCAACGUUCAGACUUGAAUGAGCAGUAUUUAAUCCUCGAUAAAGAGAUCUCAAAGAGAACAUACUUCAUCAACAUUUCAAAUGAAAAAGGUUACAUCAUAUGGAUAAAUGCUCUGCACCUAAAUGACAGCCAAGUUUUAAAAACUCCAAUAUUUGGAAGAUACGGUCACUCAGUGACUCAAUGUGAAGAAGACACAAACCAAACAUUUACCCUGCAGCCCAAAGGCAAUAUGGAGAGCACAUCAAAACAACUUCAGAAUGGCUAUGACAUAAAUCCACUUGACAAGGGACAUAAGCAUAAAGGGAGAGCACUGGAGCCAUCCAACACAAAUAAUCCACAUAACAGGAAACAACCACAACAAAAAAAUACCUCAACAACAUCCUCAUCAGUACAACUGCUGCUCCAUGCAGCAACAGCAGCCAGGCAGUAUCAUGAUCCCAAUGUUGCAAGUAACCACAGCAUAAUCACAAUCAUUACUUGUUCACUGAUUGGUGCCAUCCUGUUUCUGCUAGUAAUGUUCCUUGUCUUAAAGUAUAGGACAAGAUGUUCAGCCAUCAAAAGUUCAUCUAAAGUCGUCCUAGUAUCACAUCAGAAUGACACACCCUGGCAAAGUAGCCAAACAAGUCAAUCACCAGAACUACAGCUACAUGGUUUUCAAACCAAUCAUGACUCAACUCCUCUAACCAUCAAAAGCACAACUUGCGACAGUCCAAAACAUCACCCAAACAACCAGAAUGGGAAUAGAAUAAAGAAUUUUUAUGUGGUUCCCCCGAGUAUGGAUGAUUCCCCCUUAAGACCGGAAGAUUUUCUAUUAGAGGCCUACAAAAUUAAUGACAGGUACAGUCAAAGAGGAAUCGAUGAAAUAUCCCUAUGUGACACCUUAUUGGAGCAGUACUGCUGACGCUUCAUAACCGGAUAGAAUCUAAAUGAAAAAAACAACAACACAGUACUGCUGGCAAUGAUAAUGCUGAUGUGCUAAAAUGUGAAAACACUGCUGAGGUGAAAGAAUAUGAAAUUAGUACUGCUGUUGCUUAAUGGUAAUGUUGAUACAGCAAAACUUAAUGGCAAUGCUGGUAUGUGGUACAACUUGUAAACACUGUUGCUGAUGCAGGAAACCAUUAAUGGUAAUGCUGACAUACAGAGCACUAUUGUUACAGGAAACUUUAAUGGUAAUGUUGGCAUGUGAUACAAUUUGUAAAUAGUACUGUAAAUAUAGGAAACCUUACUGGCAAUGCUGACUUGAUAUAACAUAAAAACUGGAUUGUUAAUACAUUACAGGGAAAUUUACUUUUCACCUGAUUGUGGUGCAAUGAUUGACAAGGAAAGACACUGGACAAUCAACAGAACAAUAAGGAAAAUUUAACAACAUAAGCAAAUCUCAAAUGUAAAUAAACAAUGUACUAAUAUGCUGCGAAUUUUAUCCAAUAAGAAAAUACUCUCCAUCAUAUGAUGGGAGUAUUGAGUUUGUAAACAAGCUAUUGUAAAUAGCAUUAUGGUCAUUCAUUAAAAUAAAUGUAUAUAGAGAAUUAGUAUAUUAAUAAAACCCUAUUGAAAAUCUGAAACAGCUGAA